GUAAGGUUGGUACGAAUGCAUUGUUGAAGCUUAAGAUUCAAAAUGGCGAUCGGCUUGGUGAAAUUACAAGUGUAAUAUGAAUAAAUAUCCUUUUUGCAAAUUAUUGUUAUGUGGAAAAUAAGAUUAUAUUUAAUUAUUGGAAAUGUCUGUCCAUUAUAAAUUCAAAAGUGCUCUGGAAUAUGACACUAUCACAUUUGAUGGUUUGCACAUUUCAGUUAAAGACCUGAAAAAAUCUAUUUUACAUCAAAAAAGAAUUGGAAAAACAUUUGACUUUGAUUUACAAGUGACAAAUGCACAAACUAAAGAAGUUUAUACAGAUGACAAUGUUCUCAUACCCAAAAAUACAUCAUUAAUUAUUGCUAGAAUACCAGUAUCUCAAACUCAGAAAAAAUCAUGGGAUUUUGCUUCGCAGCCGAAUGCUUCGGGGGUGAUAAUUCCAAGUGCUCGCCCUGCAGAUAAUGAAGCUGUUGCUGAUUUGUCUAAAAUGGUCGGGAGUGAAGAGGAUAAGAUAAAAGCCAUGAUAUCUCAGAGCACUAUGGAUUACGAUCCCAGCAACUAUCAAAAAGUUCGUGGAGCUAAUCAACAAGGCGAAGUGCCACCUAAUUACAGGUGCUUCAAAUGCCACAUGGCAGGACAUUGGAUUAAAAACUGUCCUAUGACUUCUGGAGCGGAGACUGCUGAUAUAAAGCGCAACACUGGGAUUCCAAGAAGUUUUAUUGUUGAGAAGCCAAUUGGAGGUUACGGCCAGCCUGUUAUAAAUCCUGAAAAAUCUCCAUCUCCAGAUCCAAUUAAACAAACUACAGUGGUUGAAAAUAAAGUAGAAAUACCUGAAGAUUUGCAAUGUAUGAUUUGCAAAGAUCUAUUGUCAGACGCUGUGAUGAUUCCUUGUUGUGGUAGCAGCUUUUGUGAUGAAUGUAUCAGAUUGACUCUUAUGGAAUCCGAAGACCAUGAAUGUCCUGAUUGUAAAGACAAAGAUAUUUCACCAGUCACAAUGAUUCCAAAUAGAUUUUUAAGGAAUUCUGUACAAGCUUUUAAAUUAGAGACUGGAUAUAUAAAAACUAGAAAAUACAUUCCUAAGAAACCUACUGUCCAUACUCCUACAAGUACCCAUGCUUCAGCUGAUGCUACAGUCGAUCUAGAUUCAACUGCCAAUGAUAAAUCAGUUGUAAUAUUAGAUGCAUCGAUAGAUGAUUCAAACAAAACAGAAACAGAUCAUACACAGGAGAACGAGGAAAGCGGAGGCACCAAAAAUACUGUAAUCUCAGAAGCAGAUUCCACACAAAAUGGUAAAUUCAAAGAAACAAAAGAAGUUCAAGAGAAAACAGCAGAAAAAACUGAUGAACAAACACCUACUGUCGAUGAUACAACCGAAGUGGAAAAACCUGCUGUUGUUGAACGUCCUCCUGGUACAGAAGUAGAAUCAGAUGGAGAUGAUGAUAAUAUAACUGUUACAAUGCCUCCACCUCAUUUGCAAGGUCAUGGGGCACUUAGAAAUGGUAGGCACAUACGUCCUUUCCUGAGGCCUCCUGGAGUGGAGACACCGCCCCAUUAUCAACGUGGUAAUUAUAACAACAAUGGUGGAUCAAAUGCAGACAAACUUGCAUCCAUCUUGGAUGAUCAGCGACCAGGAACUCCUACAGUUGAUGAGCAAAGAUUACCAGUGUCUUCGCAUAUGGGCAGUGUCUCAAACACUGCUCCUGCCAGGACAAAUGCUAUGCAGCAAGAACCUCCGGGGGAUGGUUAUAAUAUACCAAAUAUGGCUGGCAAUUAUUCAUCUUCUCAGCACCCAAAUAUGCCUCCUUCACAGACAGGAAUGCCUCCACAUCAUGUUAUGCACUCAUCUGGUCCACCAUUGUCAUCUCAGCCUAUCCACACGGCUCCGAAUGUGUAUGGGCAUAAUGCAACACCUGCAGGGGGACCUAUGAUUUAUCCUCCAAGUGGAGCUCCGAAUUAUGGUGUGCCUUCUGCACCACACAUGCCUGGCUACAUAGCUCCUCAGCCCCAUUACGAUUCGCGUGCUGUACCACCACCACAUUAUGAUAGACCUAGACCAUCAGGUCCAUUGUACAACCCUAGACCUCCCAUGAUGGGGGUGCCACCCAGUGGACCAUCUAAUUAUGGAGCGCCUCCGCCCGGAAUCAGCGGAGGACCACCAAGGCCAAUAGGACCUGGUCCACCUAUUUACGGUCCUCCAGCUGGACCCAGGAGUGUGCCAGAAGUGGCUGAUAAGGCUUUGGAAGCUUUCAAUCGUAUGAUGCGAGAGAAGGAUGAAAGGGCUCGAAGGAGAGAAGAGCGGGAGCACAUGAGGCGCCGAGCUGGCGGCGAUGGCAGAAGAUCUAGAAGUAGAUCAAGAGCGACUAGAUCGCGAUCUAGGUCACUUUCUAGAUCGACAUAUGGAGAAAGCAGGGGGAUGAGAUCGCGUAGCAGAAGUUUUCAGAGGAUCAAUUAUUCUCGAUCACCACGUUCACGGACCAGAUCUGUAUCGCGAUCUAUCAGAAAAAUGACCAGAUCCCCUAUAAGAAGAUCCAGAACACCUCGCAGAAGAACAAGAUCCCGAUCAAAAUCAUUCAGCAUCAGCAGAUCUCGUUCUUUUUCAAGAUCUCCUUCUCCGCGUGGUGGAGACUAUUCUCCAGUUCGCAGACAUCAUCCAAGAUACAGAUCACCUUUGUUAAGGACUCCACCACGAUAUUUGCAUAAGGAGGGAGGUGGCAAUUAUCGUGGCCGCCGCGAUUACGGAUCCGGCGAGCACCAUUACGGUGGCCGCCAGUCGCCGCCCCCACGUAACGAUUAUUACGGAGGGCACCACGGCGGCUCCGGCGACCACUAUUCACAAAUCGGUUCAGAGCAUCAGUCGCAAGGUCCGCCCCCUUACCACAGGGGGCCGAGAGGCCGGGGGGGCCGAGGCGGUGGAUCCUAUCAUCAUCAUGGUCACAGAGGUGGAGGAGGAGAUUAUUACGGAGGAAUGGCUAACGAUACUGGAUAUGGAAGAUACAGCGGCAGAGACAAACGUGGUUCUCCGCCGCCUCGUGGUGCCCAUUAUCCGCCGCCUCUGAUGAGCCUGAAGUCACCGGGGGUGAUGCCCGUCCAGCCAUAUCACCAGGAACAGAGGUACGAGCACGACGUGGCCCCCAUAGGGCACCAGCCGCCGGCACAGCAAUACGGGCUGAGACCUCUGACGAGAUAUGAACCGGAUCUGCCUCCCCCCGGAUUGGACCAGCCGCCUCCGCCAGGAUUCGAACCGACGCCUCCAACUCGUUACCGUGACGAGCCUCCGACGGAUCGGUUCGAAACUACUGGCGGUUAUCAGCCAGAAGAUUACCGAAUGCCUCCCGAAGAUUCGCGGGAUCGUCGCGACUUCCAAGAGAACCCGCCUCAAAGACCGCGCAAGGAGGAGCCAGUCAAAGAUAAAUAUGAAGGCAGGAGUAGGGAACGAGCUCACAGUAGGAGCAGACAUAGGUUGACACCUUCGCCUGAGGUCAACAAACCUAGGGAGAGAAAUUCAUCGGCUGAUAGGUACUCUAGGAAGCCAAGGCCAAGUAAAGAUGGGGAAAAAUCUUCUUCUUCGAGUGCUCAUCCUAAGAGAGAAAGAGAACACAAAGGUUCAGAGCGAAAGGAAGGUGAUAGCAGAUCCAAAGAAAAACUAGCCGAAGAAGAGAAAUUGAAAGAGCGUAAAGCCAAAGAAGAAAAGCGGGAGAAAAAACGAAAAAAGAAAGAAGCCGAAAAGAAGAAACGCAAGGAAGAAAAGAAACGAGAAAAAGAAGAAAAGUCAAAAGUGAAAAAAACUGAAAAACCUGCUGCCGGCAAAAUAGAGGAGACAUCGCAAGAUCAGAGUUCUGUAUCAGAAAAAGACAAAACAGAAGCUGCUGAUGUGUCCAUGGAAUCCACAAAGAGUGAUGAUGUACCUUCCAGUAACCCGACAGAAACAGAAGCCUCCAAAUCUAAGGCAACAGACUUGUAUGGAGACAUUUUAACUGAAGGCAUAGACUCUAAAGUCAUAGAGAAUUAUGGUAAAAUAUUACAAUCAACUGAAGAAAUAACAAAGUCUGCAUCAAAAGAAAAUCUCUUGGAACGGGAUGGUUCCUUUGAUGGUCUGGAGAUACAAGCUAAUGAAUCUGAUCUCCUGAAUAUCGAUAUUUCUCCAAAGAAAUCUUCUGCAGUUUUGGCAACUUUACCAGAGCCUUCGAGAUGGGAAUUGGAUGAAACAGAUGGUGUUGGCACGACACCGAAAAGCAUAAAGACCUCCCAAGCGGAAAGCCCUCGUGCAGUCACUCCUCCUGGAAACAUUGCCAGCAACAAAGUAGUUACCAAUGAAGUGUUGAAGAGGGCCGAGAAUGCCAUUUUUGCCAAAGCUAUAAACGCAAUACGGCCUAUCGAAAUCAAAAAGAUCAGUUCGGAUCGCAUAAAGUUAUAUUCUGGAGAAGCUAUCACGACAAAAGAUGAACGCGAAAAGACUCCUGAAAGAAAAAUAACUUCAUCGAACCAACAAAUAUUAAUUACAACUACGGAUCAUACGAACGAUGCUAAAAAGACGACAGAGAGUAGCAAGCCGGCCAAAACCAAAAUCACGGGUCCUGGCUCUUCGCCCCCGAGCAGAGUCAGUGUACGAGAACGAUUGGGCGGAAAAGUUGACGAGAAUACGGGAACUGUGAUCACAUCAGGAGCAACAACGAAAAGAUCUCGCACCAGGACGCCACCGAGGCAGCUGCUGCCGGAGGCAAAAAGGGCUGGAAGAGAUAGGGACAAGGAGACAAGAGACAGAGAAAGGACCAGAGAUAGCAGGCACGUUGGGGUCAGCGAUCGGAGAUUAGAUAGCAAAGUCAGUCGUCCAGACAGAGGCUCUUCCAGCAGUCAGUCUCAGCAUCGAUCUUCAAAUUCGGCUCAUUUUAAUAAUUCCAGCAGAGACAGAAAUAAUGCGCGGCCGUCGAGAUCGUCCUAUGAUCACCAGUCAAGGAAUGUCUCCUCCAGAUCUGGUGGUCGUGAAGGAUCUAGUGACAGAUCUAGAGACAGAGCAGAAUACCGGACGGAUGGUAAUAGUAAACGAAAUGCUGCUUCACAACAACGCAGGAGGUCCAGAUCGAGAUCCAGAUCGAAAUCUGGGGCUCACCGAGCUGAUAGAAGUGAUAAGGAUAAAGGGUACAAAAGACACGAAGAUAACACUCGAUCUUUCUCAUCUAAGAAGUCUUCAGACAUGUCAUCUUCAAGAAAUCCUGAAAAUCCACAGCAUAAAACUUCAUCUUCAAAUGAUGAGAAAUUCUCAAGAAGAAACACAUCUGAUCAAGAGAGCAAUACUCAAUCACAUAGAGAAGUUCCAGCUGCCGUGCCAAGUGCACCCAGGAGAUCAGCUCUUGUGGAUGAAUCUAAUUUUGAGCCUGAUUACGAUGAGCAUUUAGAACCAAACUUAGAGAACGAUCAUAAACAGAAAACCAAACAAAAGGACAAUCUUGCCAAUCAAAUCAAAAAUAAACUGAAAAGGGCCCAUGCUGGAACCGAUAGUUCAUCAAGUAGUGACAGCGACAAUGAUAAUGAAUCCAGUUCUGAUAGCUCAUCGAGCAGUGGUUCUGAUAGUGACAGCAAGUCCAAGAAGAAAAAUAAAAAACGAAAGAAGAAAAAGAGGAAGGCUUCUAAACGCAAGAGUUCUUCUGAUGAAGACGAUGAGGAAGCUGAUAAUGAUGGCAAAUCCAAAAAGCGGAAGCAUAAGCGAAACAAGCAGUUGAAGAAAAAGAAAAAGUCCAAACAUAAAUGAGAAACAAGGUUAAAACAAUUGUUAUUGAUAAAAAGAUUGUUGUGCAUUGAAUAAUGAAAUUUUUUGCUUGAUUUGUUUAUAAAUGUUGUUGUGUGUGUUGACGGAUGGAGCAGUUGGAAACGUUUAUUGAGGUAUGUGGUUUCUAGUUUGAUGAAUUAAUAGGAUGAAUGAAAAAUGCACUAAGAACCAAAUUAAUUAUUCUUCUGUUCUGUUGGAUUCCUUUUUUAUUUUAUUUUAUUUGAUGAUAGAGUUAUCAUCUAUAUUUUGGGACUAUGGAUGUAUUUGAGUUUAAAUUGUUACAAUUUUUAACUUAAAUAGCAGAAGCAUAUAUAAUAUGCAAUA